UUUCCACUUUGUUUUGAGGAAAAACUCUUACAAUUUAAAAACAUUCAUUCUCUCAUCACAAUCAACAAAAUUUCGUUCUCUUUCAUCAACUUGGUCGUUGCUUUUUCCUUUCUACGUACCCUAAAGCCACCCCAGAAGCUUAAAAUCUCAAAAGAGUGUCAAAUUCAGAAUCAGAUUUUGUAAAAAUAUGAUUUUUACAACCUGGGUUUGUUCUUCUGAUGAUUUGUGGGCCUUUGUUCUGUAGUACUAGUCUUCUGCAAGAUGAUUUCAGUGUUUGAUUAUCAAGAAAAAAAGUCAAAGAAUGGUUCGUCAAACUGAUUUAGUUAUCAUCGGUGUCUCUGUUGGUUUGGCCCUUGGAAUUCUGAUUUGUUGCCUCAUAUUUUUUGGCAUAAGGUGGUACAAGAAACGUUCUCAUCUUACACGAUCUGAUAGUGAGCCUAGUUUAACAACUCUCCCGAUACGAACGAAUGGACUUGAAACAAGUAAUGACUUUAGUGCAUCCAUCUCUAGUUCCGUAGCAACAUCAAGGUCACAAAAUGUACAGAAAAAUUCCCAUUUCACUUGGUGGAAUCAUCAAAACAAAGACCGAUUUGCUUCAACAUCAGGCAUUCUCAAGUAUUCGUAUAAAGAACUUCAAAAGGCCACACAAAAUUUCACGACUACCUUGGGAGAAGGAUCGUUUGGUACGGUUUAUAAAGCCACAAUGCCUACAGGAGAGGUGGUGGCUGUGAAGGUGCUAGCACCCAAUUCAAAACAAGGGGAGAGAGAAUUCCAAACAGAGGUGUCUCUGCUAGGAAGACUGCAUCACCGGAAUCUUGUGAAUUUGCUUGGAUAUUGUGUAGAUAAAGGACAACGCAUAUUGGUUUAUCAGUUCAUGAGCAAUGGAAGCUUAGCAGCUAUUUUAUAUGGUGAAGAAAAGAAGUUAAGUUGGGAUGAAAGGCUUCAAAUUGCAAUUGAUAUUUCACAUGGAAUAGAGUAUCUUCAUGAAGGAGCAGUCCCGCCCGUCAUACAUCGUGAUUUGAAAUCUCCCAACAUAUUGCUAGAUGACUCUAUGAGAGCUAAGGUUGCUGAUUUUGGCCUCUCCAAGGAAGAGAUCUUUGAUGGCCGAAAUUCGGGUCUUAAAGGUACAUAUGGUUACAUGGACCCUGCAUACAUUUCCACAAGCAAGUUAACAACCAAGAGUGACAUAUACAGUUUUGGUAUCAUACUUUUUGAACUAAUCACUGCCAUCCAUCCACAUCAAAAUUUGAUGGAAUAUAUUAACCUUGCUUCAAUGGAACAUGAUGGUAUAGAUGAGAUACUUGACAAGCCACUUGUUGGAAAAUGCAAUGUUGUAGAAGUGAGGCAACUUGCUAAAAUUGCACACAAAUGCUUGCACAAAUCACCCAAGAAACGACCCUCGAUAGGCGAAGUUUCACAAGUUAUAUCAAGGAUAAAGCAAAGGAGAUUGCGCCAUAUGAUGGAAGAUAACUUGUCAUUUGCAAAUAGUAAUAACUUUUCAAGAGCUGCAAGUCGAUUAGAAGAACGACUUGAAUUAAGCAGGAUUGUUACCAUGAGCAUCAAAGAAACUGUAUGAUGAAACACAAUUACUCUAAUAUGGGGUGAAGUUAAAAAAUCAAAUGUGUUUGCAGACCAUGGAAAGUUUCCAUCUAACCUAAUGAAAACUACUACUACAAAAAUGAAAAUUGAUAUUCCAAUAUUUU